AUGGCGCCUCUUAACAAGAUCGCUCUUGUCGCUUUUGGGUCAGUGACGGGAGUCAAUGCGUGGGGCUCACUAGGUCAUGCUACAGUGGCAUAUGUUGCCCAAAACUAUCUUACCUCCGAGACAGCAGCGUGGGCGCAAGGUGUUCUCGGAGAUACCUCCGACUCCUACUUGGCUAGCAUUGCCUCUUGGGCCGAUUCAUAUCGCGCAACAACCGCUGGCAAAUGGUCUGCUUCGCUCCACUACAUUGAUGCUGAGGACAAUCCUCCAACGACCUGCAAUGUAGACUAUGAGCGCGACUGCGGCAGCUCAGGGUGCUCAGUGUCUGCUAUCGCCAACUACACCCAGCGUGUAAGUGACGGUCGACUUACCAACGACCACACAGCAGAGGCUCUCAGAUUCCUUGUGCACUUCCUCGGUGACAUUACGCAACCACUGCAUGAUGAGGCUUACGAGACGGGCGGAAACGGCAUUAAGGUCACCUACAAUGGAUACAGCGACAAUCUUCACUCGGACUGGGAUACCUAUAUGCCGCAGUCAUUGAUUGGUGGAAGCUCACUCUCAGAUGCGAAGACCUGGUCUGAGACUCUGGUCAGCGAGAUCGACUCAGGAAGUUACAAAUCCGAGGCAGCUAGUUGGAUCGAGGGAGACACUAUCAGCGAUGCUAUCACCACAUCUACUCGCUGGGCUUCCGAUGCCAAUGCCUAUGUGUGCACUAUUGUCAUGCCCGAUGGAGCUGCCGCCCUGCAGACUGGCGACCUCUACCCUGAUUACUACAAUUCUGCCAUUGGCACCAUUGAGCUUCAGAUUGCAAAGGGUGGCUACAGGUUGGGCAACUGGCUGAACAUGAUUUACACUUCUAAGAUUGCCAAGCGCGAUUUGGAAGGAUUUGUCAAGAUGACCCGUGACGCGGCUCCAGACCUGUCCGGUCGGGAUCUUCUUCCGAAGCCUCGUCCUAUGAGCCGUGCUAACCUUGCUAGAGCGGCUAUGGACGGGUCAUGCUGCUCAGAGAAGCGCGAUCAUAAGCACUGA